UUUGGCACACGCAAUCUAAAUCAACCAACACCAACGAUACUGAUGAAGAUGAUUCUCCCAAUCUUCGUCCUUUCGCUCCUCUUCUCCUCUUCCUACGCCGCGGUGCAGGACUUUUGCGUUGGAGACCUUUCGGCCCCUGAAGGCCCUGCAGGCUACUCUUGCAAGAAGCCUGCAAAGCUCACAGUUGAUGAUUUUGUUUUCUCUGGCCUUGGAGCUGCUGGUAACACCUCAAACAUUAUCAAAGCCGCUGUGACACCGGCGUUUUCUGCACAAUUUCCUGGUGUAAAUGGCCUUGGUGUUUCCGUGGCCCGUUUAGACUUGGCCCCUGGAGGAGUUGUGCCAAUGCACACUCACCCUGGAGGUUCAGAAGUUCUCAUCGUUGUCCAAGGCUCAAUUUGUGCCGGCUUCAUUUCCUCCGCUAAUGCAGUUUACUUUAAACCUUUGAAGAAGGGUGACAUUAUGGUUUUCCCUCAAGGUUUAUUGCACUUCCAAAUAAAUGCAGGGGGAGGUCCGGCCUUAGCAUUUGUUAGCUUCAGUAGUCCAAGUCCCGGCCUCCAAAUCCUGGACUACGCUUUAUUUGGAAACAAUUUGCCUUCUGAAUUGGUAGAGAAGACUACUUUCCUAGAUGAUGCUCAGGUUAAGAAGCUCAAGGGUGUUCUUGGUGGCACUGGAUAAGGUUAAUCGUGUUUAUGCAGAGGUAUUACAGCCUCCCAUUGGUGUCUUUUAUUCAAUGCUUUGCCGUUUCCUUAGGUUUUAUUUUAGCACGAACCAUAAGUUUUAGGGGUUCUUCUCACUUCUUCCUGUCAGUGGUAGUUUACCUGUUCGCCGAUAAAAAGAGUCUAGUUAAUUGUUUACUUUUUUUGGAGGUGAAUUGGUUCUGUUCUUAUUCAGUGUAUCCAUCUGUAAUAAGAAGCAAUCUUAUUGUCACCGUGGAUUCAUAAUAUUUAAUGUACAAUUCCAUGUCAUUA